AUGAACGACGCAUCGACGGCCCUGCUCACCGAGCACUUCAGCUAUACGCCGCUGUCUCUUAUCGACGACGUCAUCAACUCGGUAAACAACCUCAUCUACCAGGCGAUAUCGAGCCUUGAAGAUGGGCUUCAAUCAACGCCUCCGGAGAAACUAGGUUUCAGACACGGGCCCGGCACUAUCCCGGACACGGAUGACGAUGGCAACAUACAGUACCCUGAGGCUAGACUGGAAAUAGAGAACGGCCUGCACCAGCUCGAGACUCUGCUGGAGGCGACUGUCGACAAAGCUUUUGAUAAAUUUGAAAUUUACGUGUUGAGAAAUGUUUUAACGGUCCCUGAAGACUUGACUGGAUGGAUACGGUUGAGCCAUCAUGAGGGGUUGUCACUUGAGCCAGCUCGGGAGGGCGCUCCAACUGAAGAGUCAUUGACGUUACAGAGGCAAAGGCUCCGAGAGACAAAAAAGCUUAAUCGUAUGUUGACACAUGAAUGUGCGAGGAAUGAUGCGGUUUUAUCUCAACUGAGGUCUAUGGUUGCAACUGUGAAGCAGAACCACGACGGGGCUACUGUUUCUGCAGGUGCAAAUGGUAGCGCAGAUAUGCAGCUUCCAAACCUCUCUUUUCUGCUCUCUGACCCUCGUGCGAAGAAAUUACGGAUGGGAGAUGGAGGUGCUGGCCCGUCCCAUACUCCCCUUACAACCAAUACGACCUUUAUUCUUUCUCAACUACCUGCUCUUCGCGCCGUGUUGACGCAACUACGCACGAAAUUACAGACGCUUCCUAAAUCCGUCGGUGAGAUGGAUCUGGAUCAAAAGAAGGGGGAGAGAAGAGAGUAUAUCAACAGCAGGGCUAAGCUGCAUCUGGAACGAACGAGCGGAACCGGUGAAUCUGAACAUGGCCACGGCGUUAUUCGAGGGAAGAGAAUAAACCCUGAAGAGGUGCAGGCACUCGAGGGGGUUGCAACAAUUUUCUCAAAGUGA